UAGUGUCGUCUGCUAGUGUUUCUGUGGCUGGCUGCACAACUGUGGAAAGUAACCGAUCUUCCUGUCGUCUGUCAGGGAUUUAGCUGUCUGUACUGCGCAAACUGAGACUGAACAGGAACAUACAAUUAUUACACUUUUCGUUUUUCAUAUCCAGGCGGGUUCUCUGCGAACGGUGGCGUGAAUAGAUAACGGAAUUUACGAGAGGGCAUGAUUUAACCAACCGUCUAACAGAUUGUUUACCAAACAAAGCAUAGAUGACAGACAAGUGCAUGAUAUAACUUGAGUGGGGACAGAUCACGAAAGCAACGUUGCCUGGCAACAUUUCAUCAGCAGACGCCUAGCAGAGAGCACGUGCUGUUGAAAUAUAUACACCGUCGAGCCAACCACCACCAAUAUCGAUCGUGACGUCACAUUCACGAUGCCACUGCCUACUUCGAGUAAAAGCAAUGUGACAGUAUCAAAUACGAAAGGAUUGACGGCAUCCGCCAAUUCUUUCAAGACGGGUACCGCCACAAGUUCCAGUUCCAAAGUCUUGUUACCCAACACGUCUGGCAAGACUGGGGGUAUCGGCUACAAGACUGGGGUGCGGCCAAGUGCAACCUCCACCGUCCUUACCCCCCGGGCAGCCCCGACAAAGAUGGGGAACGGAGCCAGUGCCACUCAGAUUGUGAUAGACGGAGAGACACUCGAUUUACAGAAAAUCAAAAUGUUGAUACCGGCGCUACGGACAGAACUGACGGAGAAAGAUGCCAAGUUGUGUCAGUAUGAAAAGGAACUACGAGAGAAUUCCAAAGUGAUAAAAGAAAAAAAUAGUGAAAUCGUUCGCUUGAAAGAAGAAGUUGACAAAUUAAAAUCGGUUCUCAAGUUGAAAGUUGAGGUUCAGGAGGGCGAGCGACGACCCGACAUUUUGACGUCGAUCAAAGAGGGAAUCCCCGAAGUGAUCGGGGAACUCCGGUCCAAGAAACAGGGCGUGUCGGGCGAGAGUCCCAUGUCAGUACAGGGUAUCGGGGAACUCAAACAUCACGAAAAGGAUUUCAGAGCGAAGCAGCUUAUUAAGGAUGCAAUACUGAACAAUGACUUCCUCAAGAACUUGGAUUCUACCCAAGUGCGCGAGAUUGUGGAUUGCAUGUAUGAGAAGAAAAUCAAACAGGGACAUUACAUCAUCAAGGAAGGCGAACAGGGCCAGCAUCUCUAUGUGUCGGCAGAUGGUGAAUACGAAGUCCAGAAAGAUAACCAGCAUUUGGGCCGAAUGGCGUCUGGUCGAGCGUUUGGGGAGCUGGCCAUUUUAUACAAUUGCACUCGUACUGCUUCGGUCAAAGCUCUGACGGAUGUGAUGGUGUGGGUGCUGGAUCGCAGAGUCUUUCAAGCCAUUAUGAUGAAGACAGGUCUGCAACGACGGGAGGAAAGUACCAAAUUCCUCCGCAGUGUGCCUUUACUAAAAAAUCUGCCUGCUGAAAAACUUGCCAAAAUUGCUGACGUUUUGGAAAUUGAUUUCUUCCACGAAGGUCAACAUAUCAUCCGAGAGGGAGCCACUGGUGACACGUUCUUUAUUAUUAACAAAGGGGAGGUUAAAGUCACUCAGAAUAUUCAGGGUUUUGAUGUUCCACAAGAAGUACGAAGACUUAAAAGAGGAGAUUAUUUUGGAGAAAAAGCCUUGCUUAUUGAAGAUUGUCGGACUGCCAAUGUGAUUGCCCUGCAACCUGGAGUGGAGUGUUUAACAGUUGACAGAGAAUCUUUCACGACAUUGAUAGGUGACCUUAAUGAGCUGAGGAACAAGGAUUACGGAGACGAAGCCCGCGGAGCACAAAGACACAGUGAUGGUAAACGUUCGUCUGAAUCUAGUGGAGGAGAUUUGUCACCACAGCAACAGGUUCACUCUGAGUUCCGAGACUUGAGGUUGGAAGACCUGGAUGUUGUGGCCACUCUUGGAAUGGGGGGCUUCGGUCGAGUGGAACUUGUCCAGCUCCAAACCGACAAGAAUAAGACGUUUGCCCUCAAGUGCCUUAAGAAACAACACAUUGUGGAAACACGGCAACAGGAACAUGUGUUUUCAGAGAAGAAGAUCAUGAUGGAAGCUAACACACCGUUUAUAGCAAAGUUGUAUUGUACGUAUAAAGACAAGAAGUUUGUGUACAUGCUGAUGGAGGCCUGUCUAGGUGGGGAGUUGUGGACAAUCCUCAGAGACAAAGGCAGUUUUGACGACAAUAUGACCCGGUUCUCCGUGGCCUGUGUUCUGGAAGCGUUUGAGUUUCUGCACAGUAAGGGCAUCAUCUACCGAGAUCUGAAGCCAGAAAACCUUCUACUGGACAAUAAUGGAUUCAUCAAGCUGGUUGAUUUUGGGUUUGCCAAAAGGGUUGGCAUGGGUAAAAAGACCUGGACGUUCUGUGGAACUCCGGAAUAUGUGGCCCCGGAAAUUAUUCUCAACAAGGGGCAUGACCAUGCUGUAGAUUACUGGUCCCUAGGGAUCCUGAUGUAUGAACUGCUCACAGGAAGUCCACCGUUUACUGGGUCUGACCCCAUGAAGACGUACAACAUUAUUCUCAAAGGCAUCGAUGUGAUAGAAUUCCCGCGAAAGAUUGGCCGCAGUGCACACACUCUCAUCAAGAAACUUUGUCGCGACAAUCCUUCCGAGAGACUAGGAUAUGGCAAGAAUGGCAUUUCAGAGAUAAAGAAACACAAGUGGUUUCAAGGAUUUGACUGGGAUGGUCUGGUGAAAAGAAAAAUUACCCCACCCAUUGUACCAAAGGUGAAAGGCCCUGCUGAUUAUGGCAACUUCGACAGUUACCCAUCUGAGGUUGAUAUUCCACCAGAUGAGACCUCUAACUGGGAUGCUAACUUUUGAUCGGACCUUCUGCACAAAUCUACGUUCAGCAUUAUUUCAGUAGAAGAGACAACCGCAGUCUCUAGUGAAAUCUUCAUCAAAAAGAGCUGGCCUCUAGAGAAAUCUAUUUCAUGGAAGAAUAUUAAAAGUACUUCUCUUCAGAAUGUCUGCAAAAUAUUCUUUGUAGAUGAGAAAAACAAACCCUCUAGAGAAAUGUUUCUUGCAAGAAGAGAAACAAUGGUCUCUUAUUCCUGGUAGAACAGAAACCUGCAGUCAUUAAAGAGAGAAACUGAAGAACUGUUUCCAUGCAGAGCUUGAAAUAGUACACUACAAAACGCAGUCUUGUUUUAGACCUAGCAGGUGAAAUUCACCUGCUAAAACCAUAAACAAAAUCAUAGGUCACCUGUUAAAACCGUAAACAAAAUCACAGGUCACCUGUUAAAACCAUAAACCAAAUCACAGGUCAUUUAUCAUGGGACAGAUUUACAUACGAUAUCUCAUUUGCUGUUUAGCUUGUGAUUCUUGUAUAGUUUAAUUCCAUAAUGCUCUAACACACAUCUCGGAGGUUCUGAUUUUUACACACUAUCCCAAACCAUAUGCUAUCUUAUUUCUACAAGGCCAUAGUUUUUCUUAGCAGGGCAUAUUUCUGUUGUCAACUGUGUUAAAAACAGUAGGCCAUAUUUUACUUCCUAUUUCGAGCCCCGUUUCCCAAUAAAGGAUGAAAACGACAGUCGGUAGACAUGUAUUGUCUCAGUAUACAAGAGAAAACUGCUGUCUAGAGUAAAGGUUCUUGGUAGAGAACAAUAUGCAUCCUUUGCAUUUACAAAUUGUUUUUGUGGAAGAGAAAACAAUUUUUGUUUCAAGAAUUCCUUGCAUAACUUACAGUAUAACAAACCUUUGUGUGGAUGAAACCAUAUUUCAGUUGAUGUGAUAUUCAACACACAAAAAAAUAUGCUAUCAUCAGUGAUAAAACCUUAUUAUUUAUUUCAUAUUUGAAUGAAUGAAUGAAUGAAUGAAUGAAUGAAUGUAUGAUUUAUUUUCUGCGAUAGCCAAUGUUUUUAUUCAGGAAUAUGGUCAGUGAUGCAGUAAGAGGGUUUGGCAUUUCGGGGAGGGGGUAAACAUAAUUUAGCAUGACCCCCUGCUCCUCAUAAAUGAUAUAUAGCUAAUCUAUACCAUUUCAGUUAAUACAUCUUAGCUUCUAGAUUUUUAUACACAGUCUAACCCACCAUGGUACUAUUAAAACAACUUUAAUGACAUGAUUAAAAGUUUGUCCACUAAUAUGCAAUUUUUAUACACAGUCCAACCCACCACGGUACUAUAAAAACAAGUUAACUGACAUGAUUAAAAGUUUGUCCACUAAUAUGCAAUUUUUAUACACAGUCCAACCCACCACGGUACUAUAAAAACAACUUAAAUGACAUGAUUAAAAGUUUGUCAGCUAAUAUGCAAUUUUUAUACACAGUCCAACCCACCAUGGUACUAUAAAAACAACUUAAAUGACAUGAUUAAAAGUUUGUCAGCUAAUGUGGCAUUUUUAUACACAGUCCAACCCACCAUGGUACUAUAAAAACAAGUUAAAUGACAUGAUUAAAGGUUUGUCAGCUAAUAUGCCAUUUUUAUAUACGGUCCAACCCACCAUGGUACUAUAAAAACAACUUAAAUGACAUGAUUAAAAGUUUGUCAGCUAGUAUAUGUUAUCAUUAUUUUGUUGGGUAAAUCAUAUAGUGGCCAUUUUGCUUAUCAUUUUUUUUUUCAAGGAAUUUUUCCUCAAAAUCAAAUAAUUAUUAUUAUUGCAUAUUAUUACAGGGACCUCUAUAACUGCAUGACUAUAGGCCUAUUUAAGAGAACAAAUUAUGUCCUUUUAAUGUAUUUUCAUACUCUAGAAUUAACUAUAAUGUAUUUUUGUUAACAGAAAAAUGCCAACAAAAAUAUCACCCUUUUUUAAUAUUUAAAAACAUGUUUACCUUAAGUAGAAUAUAGUAGUCGAACCAUUUUGAUUUGUAGGUUUAUAGCAUAUGACAAUGGUAUUGAUUUGAGUACCAAUUCUAUUUAAGAAUAUACUAUUAAAAGUUGUAGUGUAAUCUUUAAACACAGAUCAUGGUUUUCUUAAUUCUAUCUUACAUGUACAUGCUUUAUAAAUUAAUAUUUUGAGAGAAAGCUGCUUUGUCGUCAAGAAUGAAUGUACUCUUUAUUACUCAUGUGAGUUGUGUUAACACUUUGGUCGUUUUCAUUGUUUACAAUUCAUCUUAUUUAUUGAGUUUUAUAUGAAAGCCAAAACCAGAGAAUUUAUUUUCAACCUUAAAUUACUACACUGUGAUACAUUUUGUAAAUAUUUAAUUAAUAUACAUAUAUAAUGUGUGUGUGUAUAUAUAUAUAUAUAUACAUGUAUAUAUAUAUAUAUAUAAAUUGUAUUUAGUUAUUAUACAGUUACAUGUCUGUAUGUAUGAUAGAAUUAUUACACCGUUUGUGGGGGUUUUAUGUAUGUAUAGCUGUACAUAUAUGUCCAUGACUCCAGAUUUUAAAAAUAAUUUAUGUUUUUGUUAACCUGAAAAAUUAGAUUAGUCUUGAGUCAGGCUGUCUGUCCAAUUGUCUGUUAAUAGAUUCAUUCAAUUGUCUGUUAAUAGAUUCAUUCCAAUUGUCUGUUAAUAGAUUCAUUCAAAUGUUAUCCAACUUCUCAAUUUUACACCUUUAAAGGGACAGAGUUUUUAGUUUGCUAUAUAUAUAUAUAUAACGUGCUAAUAAAGGAGGAUUUUGGUUUUGAGUAUUAAAAUAUUUAUAAAAAUAAUGUAAAUUCAAAAUUAAUGUAAUUUAUUUUAAACACAACAGUAAUUUAGGGAAUGCCAGGGAAGUGGGUUUAUUUCUUUUCUGACAUUGUUGUAACUGCUGCAGUCAGAAUUACUGUUAUAAAUAUGUUCAUAUAACUGAAAUGGUUAGCUACAUGGUGUAUUUAUUUAUAUUUUAAUGUUUUAAAUUUGGUGUAUUUUUCAAUACAGUAAUACAGUGUAUAGUGAAACCUCUCAAGACCGGAUCAUCUGUAAACCAGAAUUCCCUCAAAACCGGACACUUUACUGAGUCCCUUUUUAAAAACCAUGACAGAACUUAACCUCUCUAAAUCAGAUCCCUCUUGAAACUGGGCAUUUGUCUUGGUCCCAAGGGUGUCUGGUUUAGAGGGGUUUCACUCUAUAUAAAAACCAAAAUUAUAAAACAUCAACUGGCAACUGGCCUGGAAUAGGAAGUGAUGUAGAAAAAAAGAGAAGAGUUUGUGUAGAAGUUAAUUUGUUUUAACAAUACCAGCAUAUUGAUUUAUGAAUAUUAAGAUAUUAGAUGUCAAACAUAUAGUAAUAAUGACAUCAGAGAAAAUAUCCAUUACAUUUUUUCAUUAGCAGCAAGGGCUCUUCUAUAUGCACAUUCCCCACAGACAGAACAGCACAUAAUUACACUGUCUGUGAUGUACCAGUCAUGGGGCAUUGGUUGGCUUGAGAGAAAAGAAAAAUCAACUGGAGAAUGGGUCCAUCAAGGAGAUUUGAUCCUUUGGACCAGGCACCUUUGGGUGAGUGCUCAACCAACUGAGCUAACUCCCACCCCACAGUGAAUUGUAUAUCAAAGUCCUAUUACAGCAAACAAUUUAAAUGAUUUUUCAAGGGUGGACUAAAUGAUUGACAGUAUUCUAAGCCAAGAAUCUUCUCUCUUUUUUUUUCUUUAACAUUUUUUAGGGGUUUUUUUUUACGUGAAAGAAUAUAUAAAUUUUCCUUUGAAUUUGUUUAUAAUCUGACCAACUGACAGUCCUCUACAAUCUAUAUCCAGUGAAACCUCCCAAGACUGGACCUUCUGUAAACCACAAUUCCCUCAAAACCGAAUGUUUGGAAGAGUCCCUUUUUAAAAACCAGUAUAGAACUUAACCUCUCUAAACUGGAUCCCUCUUAAUACCGGACAUUUUUAUUGGUCACAAGGGUGUCCGGUUUAGAGGGGUUUCACUGUAUCACAGUAUUGUCUGACAGUUGUGUCAAAUAUUAAAAAAAAAAAAUCUUCCAUGCUUUCAUUCUACUGAUUGAAAUAUUUCUUCUGUUUUGAGUGUUUUAAUGCUACCUUUACUUGUAUAUACUUAUACAUUCAUGUACAUAGGAAAUUACGGUACAAUGUAUCAUGUAAAUAUAGUAAUUUAUAUGUAGGUAAAAAAAGAAAAAUAUCAGUAUUCAUUUAAAUACACUUGGUGUAUUUGGUUCAUGCAGCUUUUUCAUGUAAAUGUUCCAGUUAUAGUGUAUAAAAUCAGUCAAUUUGUAAAGUGACUGAUUCACUCAGGCAAUUUGUAAAGUGACUGAUUCACUCAGGCAAUUUGUAAAGUGACUGAUUCACUUGGACAAUAUGUAAAGUGACUGAUUCAGUUAAUCAAUUUGGAAAGUGACAGUCAUUAGACUGUAAAAUCAGUCUAUCUAGUUGAUUAGAGUGAAUGAAAAUUAAUAUCGGGUGAGGGGGGAAUGAAGGUCAUGUGUAUAUUUUAUCAUGUCUUUACACACAUAGUAAAUGGUUUUCAUUAUAAUGCAUGUUAAAAAUGCAAUUAAACUAAAAACAAUUAUUACUUUAAUCAAAUAUAUUAGAUGUAAAAUUCAUGAUUAUUCUAGUUUAAUGUAGAAAAAAAAAAAAAGAAGAAGAAAAAUGACAUUUCUUGUACAAUUUUAAGACUUAAACCAGAGUUUGCUGCAUUGUAAUCUGUUUUCGACUAAUCAAAUCUUUUUUAAUGACUACAAACUGACUUAUUUUAAACCUUGACUGUAACAUAUCCAGAUAGUUUUAUUUAAUUUAAACCACUGUUUAAAACUACAACUACAAACUGACUUAUUUUAAGUCUUGACUGUAACAUAUCCAGAUAGUUUUAUUUAAUUUAAACCACUGUUUAAAACUACAACUACAAACUGACUUAUUUUAAGUCUUGACUGUAACAUAUCCAGAUAGUUUUAUUUAAUUUAAACCACUGUUUAAAACUAAAACUACAAACUGACUUAUUUUAAACCUUGACUGUAACAUAUCCAGAUAGUUUUAUUUAAUUUAAACCACUGUUUAAAACUACAACUACAAACUGACUUAUUUUAAACCUUGACUGUAACAUAUCCAGAUAGUUUUAUUUAAUUUAAACCACUGUUUAAAACUACAACUACAAACUGACUUAUUUUAAACCUUGAAUGUAACAUAUCCAGAUAGUUUUAUUUAAUUUAAACCAGUGUUUAAAACUACAACUACAAACUGACUAUUUUAAACCUUGAAUGUAACAUAUCCAGAUAGUUUUAUUUAAUUUAAACCAGUGUUUAAAACUACAACUACAAACUGACUAUUUUAAACCUUGACUGUAACAUAUCCAAAUAGUUUUAUUUAAUUAAACCAGUGUUUAAAACUACAACUACAAACUGACUUAUUUUAAGUCUUGACUGUAACAUAUCCAGAUAGUUUUAUUUAAUUUAAACCACGGUUUUAAUAUGAAGUUAAAGUUUGUUUUGUGCCACUAGAGCAGAUUGAUCAAUCGUUGGUUGUUGGAUAUCAAAGAUAUGGUCAUUCUGACUAGGUGUUACAGGAAACCUACUAUAUUUUUCCAUAAGCAGCAAGGUAUCUUUUAUAUGCACUUUCCCUUAGACAGGAUGGCACAUACCACAGCCUUUGAUGUACUAAUCAUAUAGGGCACUGGUUUGGUUGGGACUAUUUGAAUAUUAAAUAUAUUUUAUGUCAAAAAACGUGGGGUAUGUUUCAUUAAAGUAAGUUUAAUGAAUAGCAUAUUGUUGGGGAAAAAAACAAGGAGUAUAAAUAUUCACUUUUUUCCAUAUCUGUAGUUACCAUUUUUGUGACCAAUAUUUCAUAUGUGUCACAAAUAAACCAAUGUAAGCUGCAACUGGCGGGGGUGGGGGACAUAACCCUUAACAGGGUUUAACAACAUGGUGAUGUUGUAUGGUCGAUGCUCAAUUUAAUACAUUUAAAGUAUUAUAGCAAAUACAUGUGAAAUGAUCUGGUUUGUAUUAAAUUAUAUUCAGAUUCAGGACAAAGUUACUCUUGAUGAUUUUAGGUUUAUAAGAUUUGCAAUCUAAUUAAAAUUAGCUCCACUAUUACAUGUGGAUCUAACAGCAGCCAGUUAGAGCUCAUGUCCA